GUGACGUGGCAUAGCCGGAGCUUUAACGCCGGAGCUGGAACUGCAGCGCCAGUCGCCAACCAGGUCUCACCCGCAAAGUCUUGUCUCGGAGCUCCAUCCCACACGCCGGCUAGACAGCAGUCCCCGCCGCGCUUGUCUUUCUUCAGCUCUUUCUCUGGCUCAGUUUCCCCGAGCGGGAAAGGAGACUCGGCAACGCCCCAAACCCUUUCUGCUUCUGCCCAUCGCAGGUGCCACUACCAUCAUGGGCCUGACCAUCUCCUCCCUAUUUUCCCGACUCUUCGGCAAGAAGCAGAUGCGCAUUUUGAUGGUUGGAUUGGAUGCUGCUGGCAAGACAACCAUUCUGUACAAGCUGAAGUUAGGAGAGAUCGUUACCACCAUUCCUACCAUUGGUUUUAAUGUGGAAACAGUAGAAUACAAGAACAUUUGCUUCACAGUGUGGGAUGUUGGUGGUCAAGAUAGAAUAAGGCUUCUUUGGAGGCAUUACUUUCAGAAUACCCAGGGUCUUAUUUUUGUGGUAGAUAGCAACGAUCGUGAGAGAAUUCAGGAAGGCGCAGAAGAGCUGCAGAAAAUGCUUCAGGAAAAUGAGUUGCGAGAUGCAGUGCUGCUGCUUUUUGCUAACAAACAGGAUUUGCCAAAUGCUAUGACCAUCAGUGAAAUAACAGAUAAAUUAGGUCUUCAGUCACUUCGAAACAGAACAUGGUAUGUACAAGCCACUUGUGCUACACAAGGAACUGGUCUAUAUGAGGGACUUGACUGGCUAUCAAAUGAACUUUCAAAACGUUAAGUGAAACCGGACAUCAAACUAAGGACACGUUUGACAAAAUUGGUCUAGCCUGUUAUAACAAGAUUAGUUUCCAUCUUGGUUAUUAAAUGGUAUCUAGAACUAUUUUUGGUAGAAUAUCCCAGAGUUUAAACUUAUUUUGUUGCCAAUUAUUGUUUAUCAGGUAUGUUGCUAGUUAGCAAUAUGCUUGGUUUAAAAGAAAGUCUUGGAGGUGGAAAAUGUCCUCAUUUUACUUCCCUUAAGCCUUUAUUUGGACAGAGCUAUUCUGAGACUUUUAAAUAAAUGCCCUUUGAAUAUUUUUUGAGACCACAACAAAUAAUGUUUUAGAGUUAUCUCCUUUCUACUUUAUUGAUAUCUUUAUCAUUCCUGAGACAGUCUGCUGAUUUUAAAAUGUAUCAUUCCAUUGUAUUUAUUUCUCUCCCUUGCCAAUAAGAUUUUCUAAUACUGCUUGUAUCAGCCAGGGAAAUGCUCCAAGACACUAUUUAGCUCUCUUGAACAGAGAAACGUAUUUUUUUCCCGUAUUAGUAAGUCCUGGCUUUUUCAUCAGAUUUACCUUUUUCUUGGUAUGGUUUGGAUUUGAUAGCUGCUUAGUUCUGAGUUGGUUGCAAAGAGUUUACAUUGAGAUGGUUUUUAAUACUCAGCAGGUUGUCUUCCUUUAUAUUAUAUUUUUAUUUGCAUGUUGCUUUUAGUAUCAGCCUGGCUCUUUGCCCAGUAUAUGACAAUUGGGUUGAAGUCUUACUGUUUAUUGGUAAACCUAUCUUGAUAAGUUUUUGAAAAAUUCAUCAAAUCCAGUAAGUUUUUAUAACCCAUUUGGAAUUAUUCCUAAUAAAAUGAUAAAAUACA